AUGUCCAACAGCAGCUCCACCACUCAGUUCCUCCUCCUGGCAUUCGCAGACACACGGGAGCUGCAGCUCUUGCACUUCUGGCUCUUCCUGGGCAUCUACCUGGCUGCCCUCCUGGGCAACGGCCUCAUCAUCACCGCCAUAGCCUGUGACCACCGCCUCCACACCCCCAUGUACUUCUUCCUCCUCAACCUCUCCCUCCUCGAUCUGGGAUCCAUCUCCACCAAUGUUCCCAAGUCCAUGGCCAAUUCCAUCUGGGAUACCAGGGCCAUCUCCUAUGCAGGAUGUGCUGCCCAGGUCUUUAUAUUUAUGUUUUUGAUGUCAGCAGAGUAUUAUCUUCUCAUUGCCAUGGCUUAUGACCGCUACGUUGCCAUCUGCAAACCCCUGCACUAUGGGACCCUCCUGGGCAGCAGAGCUUGUGUCCACAUGGCAGCAGCUGCCUGGAGCAUUGGAUUUCUCACUGCUGUGCUGCACACGGCCAAUACAUUUUCACUUCCCCUGUGCCAAGGCAAUGAUGUGGAGCAGUUCUUCUGUGAAGUCCCCCAGAUCCUCAGGCUCUCCUGCUCAGACUCCUACCUCAGGGAAUUUGGGCUUAUUGUGUUUAGUGUGUCUGUGGGCUUUGUUUUUUUCAUUUUCAUUGUGGUGUCCUAUGUGCAGAUCUUUAGGGCUGUGCUGAGGAUCCCCUCUCAGAAGGGGUGGCACAAAGCCUUUUCCACAUGCCUCCCUCAUAUGGCUGUGGUCUCCCUAUUUCUCAGCACUGUAAUGUUUGCCCACCUAAAGCCCCCCUCCAUCUCCUCCCCAUCCCUGGAUCUCAUGGUGGCAGUUCUCUACUCAGUGGUGCCUCCAGCAGUGAACCCCCUCAUCUACAGCAUGAGGAACCAGGAGCUUAAAAAGGCCCUUUGGAAACUGAUGCAAUGGGUGCUAUUUCACUGGCAAUAA